GCUUAAGCCUCAUUUUACCCAGUUCCUAUUUAAGAUAGAGUUGCUCUGGUUCACACGCCUCUGCCAUUACCUUUUAAAAACAAAAAAUCCAUUUUUAUUAAAAAAAAAAAAAAAACCUCCAGACCCCUUCUUAACACCUCUUCCCUCACUCCACACCCGCUAGCCCUUUUCAUGGGACAAGCUCACCAGCUGGUCCUUCUCCAGCAAAAACCCAGGGCUUUCUGCUCUUAAGGGAGGGGAGUAAGGAUUAGGGAACAACCCCAGAAGAAAGGUGAUGAGUUAACUGUUUAGAAGGUUAGUGUCGGUUCUUUUAUUCGAUUAAACAGGAAUACACAUAUAUCUACCAAAGAAUAGGUAAGGGAGAAAUAAGAACACUAAAAAAACUCGGAAUCGUUAAGUGUGAAGCAUAUUUGGAGUUAAAAGAACCAAAUAUUACUAAGUAAGCAGACGCGGGCACGCGCUGCAUACCGGGAUUUGUAGUCCCUUCCGGGGCGGGGUACAGCGCGCCUGUGCAGAGGGGCCGUCGCGCUUCCGGGCGCAUGCGUGCGGCAGCGGCGCCGGGACUGACUUCACCGUGGAGGCUGCUGCAGUGUUGUGAGUUGGAAGCUGGGAGCUCGGCAUGGCGGUCCCCGCUGCAGCCAUGGGGCCCUCGGCGUUGGGCCAGAGCGGCCCCGGCUCGAUGGCCCCGUGGUGCUCAGUGAGCAGCGGCCCGUCGCGCUACGUGCUUGGGAUGCAGGAGCUGUUCCGGGGCCACAGCAAGACGCGCGAGUUCCUGGCGCACAGCGCCAAGGUGCACUCGGUGGCCUGGAGUUGCGACGGGCGUCGCCUAGCCUCGGGGUCCUUCGACAAGACGGCCAGCGUCUUCUUGCUGGAGAAGGACCGGUUGGUCAAAGAAAACAAUUAUCGGGGACAUGGGGAUAGUGUGGACCAGCUUUGUUGGCAUCCAAGUAAUCCUGACCUAUUUGUUACGGCAUCCGGAGAUAAAACCAUUCGCAUCUGGGAUGUGAGGACUACAAAAUGCAUUGCCACUGUGAACACUAAAGGGGAGAACAUUAAUAUCUGCUGGAGUCCUGAUGGGCAGACCAUUGCUGUAGGCAACAAGGAUGAUGUGGUGACCUUUAUUGAUGCCAAGACACACCGUUCCAAAGCAGAAGAGCAGUUCAAGUUCGAGGUCAACGAAAUCUCCUGGAACAAUGACAAUAAUAUGUUCUUCCUGACAAAUGGCAAUGGUUGUAUCAACAUCCUCAGCUACCCAGAACUGAAGCCUGUGCAGUCCAUCAAUGCCCAUCCUUCCAACUGCAUCUGUAUCAAGUUUGACCCCAUGGGGAAGUACUUUGCCACAGGAAGUGCAGAUGCUUUGGUCAGCCUCUGGGAUGUGGAUGAGUUAGUGUGUGUUCGGUGCUUUUCCAGGCUGGAUUGGCCUGUAAGAACCCUCAGUUUCAGCCAUGAUGGGAAAAUGCUGGCGUCAGCAUCGGAAGAUCAUUUUAUUGACAUUGCUGAAGUGGAGACAGGGGACAAACUAUGGGAGGUACAGUGUGAGUCUCCGACCUUCACAGUGGCGUGGCACCCCAAAAGGCCUCUGCUGGCAUUUGCCUGUGAUGACAAAGACGGCAAAUAUGACAGCAGCCGGGAAGCCGGAACUGUGAAGCUGUUUGGGCUUCCUAAUGAUUCUUGAGAGGAGGUUGUAGGGAGAGGAGGCCCCGGCGGAGGUCUUCCUUCAUGUGGUUAGUUUGGUCUGUUCUCUCGGAGUUGGUGGGCACCCUAAAUAUUUGUAAGUUGGUAUAAAUUGUAAACGUCUCUGGUCAGGCUGCGCAUUUCGUUCUUUUGCUUUGUCUGUGUAUUAGCUCUUUCCAUUCUUUGCCCCCAGCAUGAGUUAACUCGUGUGGACUCUGCAGUGCGAGUAGUGACCCCAGCAUACCUUGUCCUCUGGACCUCCUGUCUUCUCUGCUUCUGGGUGCAUGGUAGACUUUGUGGCAUUUGAUACAACUUGGACAAUACCUAGUUUGGAGGGAGGGGAAUGGAAGGGCAUGGAAGUUUUUUUAAAUAAUUUAAAAAAUAUAUAUAUAAUUUUGAGAAUUGAGCAUUUAAUAAACUGACUUUUGUUAUUAUGGAA